AACCUCUCUGCUUGCGAAUGUGAACGUGUCUGAGAGCAGCGGGGUGGGGUACCGCACUGGGCCGCCCGUCACCGCUCCUCCCUCCCGUGUGAAAGCCGGCGCGAACGGGCUCCCGCUGCGCAGGAUGCAUUAGACAAUGGUGUGCCCGAGACUGCGCUUCCUGCUGAGCGGCGGCAGGAAAAGGCCUUUUUCCCUCCGCAUCCUGAGAAGGCCGUGCCCGCUGCCAUGCAGCAGCAGCGCUUGAUUUCCGGCAGCAGAAGGAAGGACGCUCCGCCAGCCCCCGCCGCCGCUCUGCUUCCCCUUCGCGGGCCGUGCCAGUGCGAGGCGGUGGUCGCGCUGCCGGCGGGUAUCGCCACGGCUCCAUCCGACGGCUACCGAGCCGGGGCGCUGACCAGCGGCAGAGAAGCCCGACCCGCGCCCCCCACACGGUUUCCGGCGAGCGGCGCCGCCGGUCCGGCCCCGCACGACUCCCUCUUCCUUCCCCGGCGCACCCGCCGUCUCCAGGUGAAGCGGGCCCCAGGGGCGGCAACCUUCAGGCCGCGGUUGCUCCCCGCUGUGAAGGACGGGCCAGGGUGUGGCGGCGCCGCCUGCCCAGCUUUGGUCCCCGCAGACCUCUCAAAACAGCCGCCUUUGCCCCGUGGAAGCUGGCGGCGCCGGGCGCUCUCCCCCAACCUCAGGACAGCCAGCAGCUGCUGCGGCGGUAUGAGGAUUAAAGCUGACGGCGAGCGCCUAACGGGAGGAGCAGCCGGUCUCAUGGGCCCUGGGGCUGCCCGGGGCUGACGGGUCGGAGCUGAGCUGAGCUGAGGUUUGUGUGCUUGAGUAAUCUGAAGCUGUUCUCUUCAAACCAAACAGUACAGAACUCGUAGGUUGCCAUGUUCAUGUUGCUUGCAUUUGGAUUGCUACUGCAAGGAUUUCUGAUUAAUUCCCAAGCUGAAAAUCUUACUGAACUCAAAAGCAUUCCAGAAGAGCCAUUCUAUAGCUACAAAGCUAUCAACUUGCCUGACGAGCAUAUUCCGUACUUUCUGCACAAUAAUAGGCACAUUGCUGGCAUCUGUGAGCAGGACUCUCAUUGCCCAUAUAAAAAAUACUUGAAGAAACUAAAAUCCUGCUGGGGUUAUGAGAAAUCUUGCAAUUCAGAAUACAAGUUCAGUUACCCAGCAUGUGAUUAUUUUGAAACUGGAUGGGCAAAUGACAUUGAGACAGCCCAGCAGAUAUUCUGGAAACAAGCUGACUUCGGUUAUGUUCAAGAGAGACUCAGUGAAAUGAAAACUCAUUGUAAGCCUGCAGCACCUGGAGACUCAUCUUUGACCUGCUCUCGGUACCUUCAGCAUUGCAGAGCAACAAACUUGUACAUUGAUUUACGAACUGUAAAGAGAAACCAUGACAGAUUCAAAGAAGACUUUUUACAGAAGGGAGAAAUUGGAGGUCAUUGCACCCUCGAUGUUCAAGCAUUUUUGGCUGAAGGACAACGCAAGAGCCCUCUGCAGUCUUGGUUUGCAGAACUCCAGACAUUUACUGCAUUAAACUUCAGGCCCCUAGAAGAUGAGCAGUGUGAUGUUGUUAUUGAAAAGCCAACAUACUUCAUGAAGUUAGAUGCAGGUGUUAAUAUGUACCAUCACUUCUGUGAUUUUGUCAACCUUUACAUUACUCAACAUAUCAAUAAUUCCUUCAGUACUGAUGUCAACAUAGUCAUGUGGGACACUAGCUUAUAUGGCUAUGGUGACCUCUUCAGUGAGACAUGGAAGGCAUUUACAGAUUAUGAAAUAAUACAUUUGAAAACCUUUGAUUCUAAAAGGGUGUGCUUUAAAGAAGUAGUCUUCUCCUUACUGCCGCGAAUGCGCUAUGGCUUGUUUUAUAACACACCCUUGAUCUCUGGCUGUCAUGGUACAGGGCUGUUUAGAGCAUUUUCUCAGCAUGUCCUACACAGGUUAAAUAUCACACAGGAAGGACCCAAGGAUGGGAAAAUUCGAGUCACAAUACUUGCACGCAGUACAGAUUACCGGAAGAUAUUAAAUCAGAAGGAGCUUGUGAACGCUUUGAAAACAGUAUCAAUGCUGGAGGUCAGAGUGGUAGACUACAAAUACAAGGAACUUGGAUUUUCAGAGCAGUUGAGGAUUACUCACAACUCUGAUAUAUUCAUUGGGAUGCAUGGAGCUGGGCUUACCCAUUUGCUUUUUCUACCAGACUGGGCUGUGGUUUUUGAACUAUACAAUUGUGAAGAUGAACGUUGUUACCUGGAUCUGGCAAGGCUUAGAGGCAUUCACUACAUCACCUGGCGGAAAAGGAACAAAGUGUUCCCUCAGGAUCGGGGACACCACCCAACGCUGGGAGAACAUCCAAAAUUUACGAACUACUCCUUUGAUGUGGAAGAAUUUAUGUACUUGGUAAUUCUGGCUGCAAAUCAUGUUUCGCAGCAUUCUAAGUGGCCAUUUAGAGUAAAACAUGAUGAAUUCUAAUGCUCCACUAAAAAAAUAUUCUAGCAACAUAAAGCAAAAUGCUGGUGUGAAACGUGUAAACCUCGGUGAGGGAGAUAACCCAUUAUUAACUUGUCAGACCACUUCUUAGCACCAUAACUUAUGUUUAUAGUCCUGCUUUUUAAUCCUGGCAGGUUUGGUUGUGUCAGAACUUCUUCAGAACUCCUUUUGGGUUUUGCACUGUAUUUUGCACUCCAAGUUCUGAAAUAAUUGUCUGUUACAUGGAGGUAUGUCCAUCAGUUUCAAGGAAGAUGCUAAUCUUAUAAUAAUGUCUGACUAGUGUUACAUGAGGAAGUGCUGAAGGAUGAGGCAUGUUACAGCUUUGAUUUUCAGUGCAGUCUCUCUGCGAAUGUACUUGGCCUGUUGGAGCUCCUCAGUUCCUCUUUUUAAGAAGCUGAGUGCUUCUCUACUAGCUCUGUACCUGUCAUUAAAAAUCUGGGUAGGAAUUGCCUUCCUGUUGUAAGACACUGCCAGGAUGUCAUUUGCAGUCAAGUUACAUGACACAGUGGUUCCAGGGUGACAGUUUAGUUCCUUUCUGUCACCAUCCAUGUUAUUGCUGUGCCUUACCUUGUGUUGUUUCAAGGUUUGAAGGUACUCCUUUGUGUAAUAUUGGUUGUAAGAAUUAAAUGGUUAAAGCAUGCUUUUAACUUCAAUUGCUUGGCACAACAGAUAGUGCAGACUUCUAGUUCAAGUUUAGAAACGUUCUCAAGUUAGAGACCAGUAUGUCCUGGUUUUGCAUGAAAUAUAAACUUUGACGCUUCUCCCUCUGGUUUUAAAUUCUAAAGUAUAGCGGUCUGCUCAGUAGGUUUAGUCAAUUCUCUGCUCAAAGCAGGUAAAUCUUUUCCUAAGUGAAUAUCUAAAAUAUCAGGUAAUCUGGGCGUUUCCUACUUUUCCACAUAAACAAGCAGUGGAAAAAAAAUAAGCAAAUUGGAAUAAAACUUGAAUCUUUUCAGGAUGCUAAAGGGAACGGGCUUCUGUUUUGUGUGUUUGUUUUUUUAAUGACAAGAUGUAUAAGGUGUCUUUCAGCUACAGCUGAAAGGAAAUUAAUUCAUAAGGAACCUUGUUCUUAGAGUCAUUAAAAGCCUCACCUAUUGAUAUUGUUUUCUCAAUAUGUUGAGGAGUCAAUCUAGAGAACAGAGAAAAUCCCUCCAAAGCUGGUAGCAUAACUUUCUCUUUUCAGGGAAGGAAAUACUAAGCCAUAGCCAGGUUCUUUAUGAAAUCCCUCUAGAGGUGACAUAUUGGUGCUGGUAGGGAAAAAGGAAAGGGAUUUGUUCUGUUGUCUUAAGUGGAGCCAGAAAAAUGUGUAGAAAAUUCAAGUUCAGUGAGAUAAAAAGCAGAGUUCUAUGUUAAAUUACAGGGGCUUUUUUGUUGGAGAAUGUAUUCCCCUGGCAGGCUUGCAGUAUAGUGAUACAGUCACAAUGGCUGGAAGCACAACAGACAUUUGUAUGCAAAAGCAAACCAGUUACACAGUAGGUGUAAACAUUUGAUUGGUAUAAUUUGUAGAUACUGUUGACUGCCAUUCUCCAGCAGUCAGAGGCAAUUUCACAGAGGGUAGAUAUUUUAAUGACCUGCCUGUACUGGUAAAGAUAAGUUACCAUAAGGGUGAUCCUAUAGAUCACUCAUGACUUCAAGCUAUGUGUAGGAAGAGCUCCACAGAGCUGAUACAGAGGACAGAUUAAGGUAUGUGGUGCAACUCCUAGUGCUGUGUAUCAUGUUACUGAUGGGUACAAAUGUUUAAAGAAUCAUAGAAGCAAAAUUGCACUUCUUGAUGUGACAAAAAGGCCCUUAAGAAAUAGACUUUUUGUAUUUGUGUGUUUGUGUGGGUUUUUUCUGUUGUGAGAUUUCUAAAGAAAACAAACCCAAGUAUGACAUUGAAGUCAAGAGAAUGUCUGAGUUUGAAUGAAACCAACUCAAAAUAAAGAGGACAUUUAACUAUG